CACCCAGGAGUCAGACCCUGCAGUCUCAACAUUGCAACUCUAUUCCAUAUUCUGUACAGGAGGCUUCACACAACACUGGUAAUCCUUCUUUACUGAAUCAGACGGAAUUUCACCCGCGGGCUCACAGAUAAAUCUUUAGCUACGGCGCGAGAUACAUCUCUACUUGGAAUGCACGACUUUGGAAGUUGCUUUUAAGAGGUGGAAAAUACAGUUUAUGGUUGAAAAAAAGGACACUUUUGAAAUGCAUAAUCAUACAAAUGGAAAGUAAAGCGAAAUCAAUUUUCCAGGGUAUUUUAAAUUAAAUCAAACGUACCGUAACAACUUUUUUUUUUUUUUUUUUUUUUUUUUUUGCAUGAAUAUGCUCAUGCUUUCUUUGUUCAAACAUGAUUGACCCUAUCUGUUAUUUAUAUUGCUAAAUACAUAUUUCGGCGGACGGUAUAUAUGUGUCAAAUGUAAAGCUAUCAUCGAGUUUCUACAAGUUGUGCCAAGUUUUUGUAAAGCUGACAGGUGCUUUGCACUAACUUUUCAUCCUGCCUCUGGUGAAGUACGUCAGUCAUUUUUUGAGAAUUGUGUUUAGUCUCUGGGCGCUAGCGAAGGACCUGGUUUCUUUUCUUUUUUUUCUUUUUUUUUUUUUUUUUUGGCAUUUUGGAUGGGAUAUUAUAGAUGCCACCCUAUGAUUAUCUGCUACAAAUGUUGCCAAGCCAGGAUCAAUGUUUUCUUCCUAUUGAAGUUAGUGCAUGGUAAAAUUGACUCCGAAACAACAAUUGUGAAGUGCCUAUAGCUGCCGCAACAUUCAUCCAAAUGAUCCCAUCAUUAUUAUUACUCCUACUAUCUUCACUCCAACAACAUGGAUCAGAAGCUGAAUCAAGCAUCAGCAACAAGUUUCAGCUUUCCAGUAUGAAAGAACAAAACGGAGUACAAGAUUCACAGCAUGAGAAAAUCAUUACAGUAUCAGGAGAUGGAGUAGUCCACAGUCCAGAUUUCCCCCGUGCUUACCCUCGGAACAAGGUGUUAGUGUGGAGGCUAAUCGCAGUGGAUGAAGGCAUGCAAAUACAGCUGACAUUUGAUGAAAGGUUUGGGCUGGAGGAUCCAGAGGAUGGCAUAUGCAAGUAUGACUUUGUAGAAAUUGAAGAGCCUGCUGAUGGCACUAUUUUAGGCCGAUGGUGUGGAUCCAAGCCAAUACCUGGAAAACAGGUAUCCAAAGGGAACCAGAUUAGGAUUCACUUUAUAUCUGAUGAAUACUUUCCUUCAGAACCAGGAUUCUGUAUUCACUACUCCCUCCUUCCACUGAACCUUCCUGAACCAGAAGCCCCUUCAGUGCUGCCACCAUCACUGCAGAGUGUGGACUUCCUAAAUGAAGCCGUCUCUGGCUUCAGCACUGUUGAGGAGGUCAUCAAGUACUUGGAUCCUGACAGAUGGCAGCUGGAUAUCGAAGACUUAUAUAAGCCAACAUGGCAUGUGCUUGGGAAGUCAUUCAUUCAUCCCAGGAAAUCCAGAGUGGUGGAUUUGAAUCUCCUGAAGGAAGAGGUGAGGUUGUACAGCUGCACCCCACGCAAUUUCUCUGUGUCCCUGAGAGAGGAGCUCAAGCGCACGGAUACCAUCUUUUGGCCAAACUGUCUACUGGUCAAGCGAUGUGGAGGAAACUGUGCCUGCUGUGUACACAGCUGCCAUGACUGCCAAUGUGCCCCCACUAAAGUCACAAAAAAAUACCACGAGGUUCUCCAGUUAAGACACAGAAGUGGUGGAAGAGGAUGGCAAAAAUCCAUGACAGAUGUGCCCUUGGAACACCACGAAGAAUGCGACUGUGUGUGCAAAGGCAAUUCAGAUGGAUAAAAGUAUCAGAGUGUGCUUUCCUCAAAUGGUUGUGUUUGUAAGUCUAUCUCAGUAGUCUCUAAUGGAACAUGAUGGAUGAAUAGUGAACUGGGGUGUGGUGACCCCAGCUGCCCAGCCUAUAUCAAUCCAGGAUUUAAUACUACAGGAUGAGAGUUGUGUUGCUCUAAGCCUGUACUUUUCUGUAAGGUCCAUAAAAAGGGGAAAGAGAUUGAAAAAGGAACUGUUAAUUGUCUCUCUUUUUUCUAUUAUUGAAAGGCUUUUACCAGUUUUUGAAUGCUGUCGAAAAUAGCAAUUGAAACUUUGAAGAGCUGGACUGUUGUGAAGUUGGGCUGGCAGAACUGGUUUCAGACUCCCUUCAAGCUUUCUUCUAAAGAAAGCUCAGUUUCUUAAUAUGUGGCUUUAUUGAGUAUGUUGGAAGAAUAUACUUUCUUGUUUUAUUUUCAAAUACUCCUUUGUACAUUUAAAAAUUUUCAUGUCCUGCCUUCUGCUACUUUGUUGUUGUUUUGUUUUAUUACAGAACUGGGAAUCAAAGAAUCUUUUAUCAGUUAUUUUAUUGAGCUGGUCCAUUUUUGCCAAGUUUUGUUUGAUGUGUUCUAGAUAUGUCUUUAAAUUGCUGCUUCUCCCACAGUUGUGAUAAUUGAUUAACAAAGGAUUGUCCACACUAAAACAAUGAAAAUAACUACAUUGCUUAUUUAGAAACCAUAAGCAUUUUUUUUCUGUACAGUACAUCUUUAGUGUCUUUUUUUUAGAACAACACUUCAUGUCUCAUUUUAUAAUUGUAUUCCAUAUUGCUAUGUAUUUUUAUGAAAGGUAUUUAUCACGUCUUGUGUGGUGGCUGCCUGAGGUGUCCUAGAGUGCCACUCUUUGUUUCAUGUAGUGGUUAAAAGAACUUGCAUGGUAACUAUUUUGGCAAAUAUGUAAACUCCAUGUUAAGUAGAGUGUUGCAAAAGGAUCUAGGGGACAAAAAAAGAUCUGCAUCUACAGUAAAUGCUGCCUUAAGAACUGCAGUACCAAGUUUAAUCAGAAAUUUGGGACAGUUGCUGGCUGGCUGAAUGUGUUGCUUGCCAAUGGGCACUUUUUGGGCAGGUUCAGUAGUUACUAGUAUAAGGUAUGGUAUUGUCAUUAUCAUUAUAUAAACUUUGUGUUUUAGCUUCAAGUGAGCUUAUGCAAGGUUGACUACAAUGAUGUGUAUGUGGGAUUAAAACAGGACAGACAGUUUAUGGUCCAAUACUACAAUGGUAAGAAUAAAAUGAUUAUUUCUUUAUUUCAUCCCAUAUCUCUCUGUUGCUUCCAACAUGAAAAACUGAGACAGAUAAACAUCCUUUUCAAGUAGUAUUUCCCAUCUGCUCAUUGUAAUAAGUGCUCUCUGAUGAAUGUUAUUCCUGUAUUAGUAAAAUUCCCAGGGCUCAGAUAACAGAUUUUACACUCUGUGGAGAUCUAAGAAAGCCAGAAAAUCACAGGUACAACACUAUGUUUUUACUGUGUCUUGGAAUACAUUUGUGGCCAGCUCUUUAAGGGACUCCAAGGUGAUUCCAUUUAAAAGUAGUGGAAAAGUCAAUGACAAGGAUAAUAAGUAAUAACACUACCCACAAAUCUUUAACUUAUGAGUUAUUUAAACCUUAAAAAAAGUCUGGUUUGAAUAAUAAAAAGUAAAAAAAGUGAUAUACAUGAAACCUUUUCAAACUGUUGUUUUAAGUCAAUUAAUGCUUUAAAUAGCUCAUUAGUUACAGUACAAUGCAAUGGACAGGACCCAAUGUUGGAUUUUUUUAUCAACCAUUCAGAGGUCAAGAAGCCAAAACCAUUAAUUAUUAAAGGGUUAAAGGAUGGCGAAUGCAUGUGACUGAGGGAAUAUCAGCAUGAGUAGAAGUGAACCAACAGAGGUUAACAGCCAAGGUUUGUUUACACUCUUCAAGUGUUGAUAAAACCCAUAUACAGAUGGCCAUGUACCUCUAUUAUAUACUUUAAAAAUACAUAUUUUCAGUUCAUGACCAACCUUUUGUCCAUUGUGAUUUUUAUUGACAAGAAGAAAAAGGUUGAUGAAGAGAAUACCAUUAUGUGUCUAGCAUAAUUGCAGAUUGUGAUGUCACCAAUUUGAAUACACUGCUGCUGAAUGGGAAAUUUAAGCCUCAAGUACAGCAUUUUAAAGCAGGUGAUGUCAAGCGUACUGUUAUUCAGAAUAUAGUCUGAUAGAUACACAACAUGGUUGAUGUCAUGAAUGGGGUUUAUUUGUGUUGUGGUUUGCAUGUACUCGGAUUGGCUGACAGAUCCUAAGCUGCAUGUAAUUCCUCAUAAAAUUUUAAUAUAUAUAUAUAUAUAUAUAUA